CUUUGAAAACAUGGCUACGCUUUAAGGUAGACAGCAUAGACCAAAGGACCAAGAAGGUCUGCAAUGUUCAUUUACCGAGCUUCGUUUUCAUAACAUUUCUCUAAAGAGCCGCGGUUCAUAGGUUUUGACCGGACAUGGCGGAUAAAGACGUCGGUCAAGGGAAGGAGAGUCCCGGGGAGAAAGGUUUCCGGACCCCCGGACUGAGAGGCGCACAGACCACGACCCUGUUCAGAGCUUUCAAUCCUGAACUCUUCAUGAAACCGAACAAACCCGUGAUGGCGUUCGGACUGGUGAGCAUCACCUUGUGUGUGGGCUACCUGGGCUACAUGCACGCAACGAAAGAAAACGACCAGCAGCUGUACGAGGCAGUCGACAGCGAAGGAGACAAAUACAUGAGGAGGAAGACUUCCAAAUGGGACUGAUGGCACGACACGUUCUAUGAGAACCUCUUCUAUGAGAACAUGUUCUAUAAUGCUGUGUGUGUGUGUGUGUGUGUGUGUGUGUGUUAUAAGGACAGAGUAAAUUAAAACUGGAUUGAAAAAAGGAA